AUGCUGCGUGCUCGGACACUUCGCUAUCCCGUGGCAAGCGACUUUCCUCGACCAUCUGGCUUGUCUGAGAGGCCUGCACACUCCGCAACGCGCAUCAUUCUACGCAGACCCAGACGCAUACGAGGGUACUGUCAGAUAUGUUCCUGGGUGGUCGUUCUCCUCAUUCUUCUGGGCUCUGGAUUCUGGCUGCGGCUCGUUUUCAUUAAUCACGCAGAAAUUCUCCGCGUCCUCCGACGGGAGCCGUCUGCCAAUAACACUACUAGUAGCGCGUCUUACGAAUAUACACUCGGCGAAACAUGGCAUGGGCAAAAUCUCACAAAGCCGUUCAGGGCACCGUUGGUGGAUCGAUCUGUCAUCCAGAAACUAGCUUUACUUCAUAUUGAAGAUCAAGACGAAGACGAAGACGAGCAGCCCGAGGUCCUGCUCAUAGGUCCAUCACCAAGGCCUCGCUGGCCACCGACUGUAACUGCCCUGCCGGAGUCAAGACCGACUGGAGGAAUCGCGGCGUCUCGUCCGCCGUCGGGCACACGCGCAGGCCAGUCGACGGAAGAGGUUGACUCCCAGUUCUGCACCCACGGGCCCUGCCGGCUACUCAUGCCCCUCGCUCUCAGUGCGCGCGAACCGAAAUUGCAGGCGCACCUCACACAGCUGCUCCAACUCGCGCGUGCCCUGAAUCGCACCCUCGUCCUUCCGAAUGUGGGCCGGGGGCGCGCAGGGGCGUGCCUACGCUGGGAAUUCAGCGUGUACUUCGACAUCGCAAGUAUGGUGCGUGCGGGAGGGACAUCGGUGAUGCUGCUGGACGACUUCAGGACGUGGGUGGAUGUCCGUCCGCGGGUGCCUGCAGCGCAGUUCGUCUCGAUCGACGCGGACGAGCCCGAUCUUGGCCUGGGGUUAGAGCCUAUGCCCGAGAACGCCAUCUUCACCAUUGGCGAUCGUGUUCGGGUAGACGUGGACGAUGCACUGGAUCUGGACGACGUGCUUCUGCGAAGCGCUCGCUGCCUGAAGCCCAAAUUCCGGAGGCUGAACCUGGAGACAUUCUCUCCGCUGUCGGUGCACCUGGCACCAUUUGCGGGGCGGCUUUCGGAGGGCGGUGAUGUGUCUGCGGGUCUGGUGGAAGCUCUCAGCCGGAAAGAUGUCAAGCUCGCAGCUUUGGAACCUAGCCUUGAUCCCUUCGGAGAGCUCAACUCGUUCUCAGAUCCAGACGAUGCUCCGCCGCAGCCCGAUCCCGGACGCAUCAUGGAUCCCGAAGUCCUGCUCGUCAAUUGGGACAUGCAACUCCUUCCUUUCUCCACUGCUCCUCUUCAGUAUUCGAGGAAACUGUGGGCACUGGCAGACAAGCUGGCAACCCCACUAGGUCCGUACCUUGCCGUUCAUUGGCGCAUGGAAAAAGUCUCGCCUGAGGUGCUGCCUGCUUGCGCGGAAGCACUUGUCGACACGCUCGACAUGCUCCUGCGCGAUGAGAGCCUCGCCGGCGGGGUGGAAGCUGUGUGGUUCACGUCGGACUAUCCGUAUCCCGUUUCGUGGUCGAGCUCGAGGGAGCAAUCUUCGCCCGAGCCCACAGGGAAGGCACGGUCGCUGAGGACUCUGAAACGAGAACAUAAAGAGGCAAUUGACAUCGUGCGGACUGCUUUUGAACCAGGCGGAGACCUGAACGAAUGGAGGAUCACCGGCUUGGUCGAGGAAUUGGCGCAUAUGCGGGGUCUGCUGGAUAUCUUGGAGAAAAUGGUGGCUAUGAAAGCCACGCUGUUCGUGAGUAGCGCGAAAGGGUGUGGCCGAGUCGCCGCCUCCGCGAAACAGAUUGUGGACUUUAGAACACAUACACGGGCGGGAGACAUACCGAACAAUGUGGUAACGCUCUUCGGAUGA